AUGGCGAACUUCAUCGAUGUGGGCUUUUUGGUGGCUGCACUUGCUGCCUGUGUGGCGGUGAUCUUCGGGAUGGUCGGCCCGGUGAAGGGCGGUGGAAUGGCAUUAAGUUCCACGUUCGCAUGGCAUCCAAUUCUGAUGAGCGUUGCAUUUCCAUGCCUGAUGAUGCUGGGACGUUGGGCCUAUGUCAGCGAUGAGAUUGGUGACAAGGAAACACAGCGCUCAGUACAUAGAGGUUUGAUGAUGCUGGCCACAUUCAUUGGGAUCGCUGGGUAUGUUAUGAUCUUCAUGGCUCACUUGCCACUGAAGACUUUCUUCGGCUAUAAUUUCUCCACCAAGAAGUGGGCCGUGCCGACGCGCGUUGCUCAUGACUGGCUGGGCUACGCGAUCCUACUGAUGACACUGGCGCAGAGUGCCAUGGGUUUGUACAAAUUGAUGAGCGCCAGAGAGGGUAGAUCGAUCUUCAAAUUUCACGGAACGAUGGGCAAGGUCGUUAUGGUGCUAUCGGCUGUGAACAUUUGUUUGGCCUGCAUCUUUUGGGGUUGGUCACCUGGAUACAAAAUCUUCGUGGCGCUGCUCACGGUCAGCGUCACAGCCUUUGGCACCUUUACGCAGCUGCGAAAGGCACCGGAGGAUUCGAUGAUGUUGGAUGGUCUCGUCUUAAAGAAAACACGCCCAUCAUGGAAGGUUCAAAGGCCUGAGGUCUGUCUUCAGCGACCGUCUCAUGUUUCGACGUCCGUACUUUUGAAGACGCUCCAUAUCUCCGUUGAGUGCGGUGUAUCGCCCAAGUGCUGA